AUGAAUAUGGGCGCUAAGGAAGAUUGCAGCGACGCCGAAAAGUUGAGCAGCGAAGGGUCCGAGCCAGCGAGCCUUCGACAGUCGAUAAAGCCGCGACACGUAUUCAUGAUUUCCAUGGCGACUGGAAUUGGCACAGGGUUGCUUGUGGGGAAUGGUAAGUCAAUUGCUACGGCGGGUGUCGGGGGCACGUUGAUCGGCUACCUCAUCAUCGGGGUAAUGGUUGUGUGCUGCAUGCAGUCAGUUGGAGAGCUCGUGGUGGCGUUUCCAUCGCUCGCAGGAGGGUUCAACUCAUACGGCAAGAAGUUCAUUGAUCCUUCGCUUGGGUUCUGUGUUUCAUGGCUUUUUUGUCUCCAGUGGAUGGUGGUCCUUCCACUUGAGCUUGUGACGGCUUCGAUGACAAUCAAAUACUGGAACAGCAAUCUAUCGCCGAGCUUGUUUGUGUCGGCCUUCUACAUUUUAAUAUGCAUUGUGAACUUCUUUGGAUCUGGCGGAUAUGCAGAGGCCGAAUUCAUAUUCAACUGUGUAAAGGUCAUGGUCCUUGCGAGCUUUAUUGUAUUGGGCAUUGUUAUCAUCACAGGCGGACUCGGAAACAGUGGUCCUAUAGGAUUUCAGUACUUAAAAACUCCAGGGGCAUUCAACACAAAUUACAACGUGUUCAAGGCUACCGCUGGUACGUUGGUUAACGCAGCCUUUUCGUGCGGCGGGGUGGAGUUUCUAGCGCUCUCUGCUGCGGAACAAAACCGGGAUAAUAUGCCCAAAAGUAUCCGACGGGCUUGCAGGCAGGUUUCUAUUCGGAUGUUCGUGUUCUAUUUGCUAUCCAUUUCGGUUGUAGGGCUUUUGGUGCCCUACGACUCGCCUAUGUUGAUGGGAUCCGGGUCUGACACAACGCACACGUCGCCAUAUGUCGCAGCUAUAGCACUGCAUGGCGUGAGGAUAGUGCCCCACAUAAUCAACGCUGUUAUACUCAUCGCAGUGGUAUCUGUGGCGAAUAGUGCCAUGUACUCAUCAUCCCGGACUUUGCAUUCUCUUGCGGAGCAGAAUUUUGCUCCGAGAUACUUUGCUCUGUUGAAUAAACACGGGCAGCCUAUGCGCUGUCUCGUUGUCAGUGCCAUAGUGGGACUCAUUUCCUUUAUUGCAGAGUACCGAGAUCAGGAAGCGGUUUUCGUGUGGUUGCUUUCAAUUAGUGGUUUGUCCACAAUAUUCACUUGGACAACCAUCUGUAUUGCACACAUCCGAUUCCGAAACGCCCUCAAAUUGCAGGGCCAGUCUCUAGACACCUUGGGCUAUCGCUCAAACACAGGAGUCAUCGGCUCCUAUAUAGCCACUGCCAUCAAUGUUGUGGUCAUCAUUGUCCAAUUCUGGGUAUCUCUAUUUCCGUUGGAGAAUAACGGCAAACCGGACGCCGUCAAGUUUUUCCAAAACUAUAUGGCGGUGCCUGUUGCAGUCCUACUCUAUCUCGGUCACAAGCUAUAUACAAACGACUGGACCCCUUGGAUCCGCACACACUGCGUUGACAUCAAUACUGACCGCGAUGUCUACGCACCAUCGGAUGACCUAUCCACCAAGGGAGUUGUCAAGCUCGCCCCCGCAGUGCAAUCUGCCCGUUCCAUCGCUAGCUCAGCGCUGUCAGAGUCGCCCCCAGAGCCCAUCUCGCAAAAAGCGCAUCAACCUGAGCGGCCCAGCAGCGGCAGCUGA